AUGCCAAAUGAAAUUUACCCAGAAUCAGACCAUUGGAUUUCAGUUCAGUCUUUAAAUGGUCAUAUAUAUUCUGCGUAUUUGGAUAUGCGACCAGAAGUCAUGGUCAAUAGUAAUUACAAUUCUCAGAUGAACAUUGUUUGGGCAACGAUACGAGUCAUCGCAAUUUUACCCUCUGACACAAAAUCAAACGAGGUAGUUUGCGUAUUUAAAUUAGAAUCUAAGGACCGUGAGCUCUUUUACAAAAAAGUGACCGCAAGCGAAGUUAAAUUCUUCGAUGACAAUUGGAAAUUAAAGUAUUCAAGUGCAUUUAUUACUUGUGAUCUUACUCACGUGAGUUAUUACAAUUAUGAUCUUUUUUACGAGAAGCAGCAAUUACCACAGUCUGUUGGAAUUAUUCGAAAGAAUGCAGAUAACUCUUCACUACAAUUUGUAGAUAUAAAUUACCCACUGAAUGGAAUCAGUCAGAUGGACCGGCUUUCAGAUAAAUUUAUGGCCCUUUGUGUUCCAGUUAACUUCAGCAUCUAUUUCUUCUUUGUAUUUUCAUCAGUUUUGCAUCACGAAUUUGAUCGCCCGCUGGAAUUAAUCGAAUUCAUCGAGUACUAUCGAUUGAUGGGAGUGAGUAGAUUCGUUUUUUACAACUCAUCAGUGUCAGAAGACGUCAGUGAAGUUUUAAAAUUUUACCAUGCCGAGCAGUAUGAUUUAGUAAAAAUUCAACAAUGGAACUUACCUGCUUUGUAUACUUAUGAAAAAACUCUCCGACUGGAAGGACUUUACGGUGCAUUAAAUGAUUGUCUCUACAGAAAUUCACUGCACAAUUAUUUUAGGUACGUCGGAGUGUUUGACGUUGAUGAAUUUUUAAUUCCUAAAGUUCAUAACAAUUUCACUAGUCUUAUAAAGUACUUAGAUCCCUCAGAAGAAGAUUAUCGUUAUGUGUCUUUUUUAUUCCGUCAUGUUUAUUUUUAUACAAUGUACCCUGACGUCAAAGAAAAUUCCGGCAAAAAAGAUCCGUAUCUUUUCACGAGAGCAAAAAUUCAGCGAUUACGAGAUCCACACCCAGCAGGUGUUAAAAGCAGAUAUAUUAUUCGAGCUCGCGAUGCAGUUGAAGUCGGCAAUUAUAAAUCUACUAAAUUACUCAAAGAUACAUCGGGUGAAAUGAUUGUUGAACCUGACGUAGCUCUUUUGCACCACUAUGCUCCAUGCGAAGCAGAAGAAACGGGAUGCUAUUUGAAACCAAUUGAAAUCGAUAGAACUGCACUUAGGUUCACUAGUGAGCUCGCUAGAAAUGUUGCAAUAGCAUGCAGAGAAAUAUUUAGCAACCACAAGUGUCCUUCUCCUAAAAAACGUGUGCCUGGUGAAUUAAAUUCUUGA